AUGAUGCGCCCUGCCGUCGCAUGCCUCGAACCCCAUGGUCGCGACCAUGAGGGAUCAGACUUCGACGCCGAUUGCUGGUCCGGCGAGCGCAACCCGUGGUUCUUGCUGCCGCCGCCCGAGGCCUACAGCGACGCCUUCCUCCGCGACCACGUGCCGAGGCCGAGGGCGGGCCCGGCCGUGCCGCCGGCGUGCCCCGCGGGAGGCCCGCCGUCGCGGGCGCGGCCGUUCAUCUACCACCACAUCGUGAAGACCGGCGGCCUCGGCAUCCGGCAGGUGGUGGCCCAGGGCGCGGGGGCGCACGGCCUGGUCACCGCAAUCCCCUGCGAGGGCACCACGGACUGCCGGUGCAACGUGAUGCACGGUGGCGGAUAA